AUGGCAGUAGAUCCUGCUGCGAGUGCAUUUUUCAAUCGGCAGAGAGAAGCGGACCCCGCAAAUUCUGUUUGUUGCGAUUGCGAAGGCCGCAAGGCCGAGUGGGCAUCUGUCUCUCAUGGCACGUAUAUUAGCAUCGAAGCUUCCAGUAUCCACCGCUCCCUGGGUGUGAAGACGAGCUUUGUUCUGUCUACCACUCUGGAUUCCUGGAAAGACGUCCACUUGAGAAUGAUGGAGCUUGGUGGCAAUCGGCGCUUUCGCGAGUUUAUGCAGAAACAUGUGCCGAAGGAUAUGCCACUCAGGAAGAAGUACUUAACACGUGCCGCAGAAUGGUAUCGUGCAAACCUGAAAGCCGAAGCUGAAGGCUUGACUCCCCCUGCACCUUUGGAACCUGGGACUGGCCACUGGCUCAUUGAAGGCCAAAGUACUCAGGAGCAGCUCCUUGAUCACAUCUUUGCCGCUGCACCUGGAUGCAACACCAUGACGGCCGGUGGUAUCUCCAAGAGCACGCUGGGCACGUCGGGCGAAGGCCCUCACAGGUCGAGUUCACGAAGAUCGGUGUCAGAGAAUACAAAUGCGUCCAAAUCAGGUUUCAAGGACAAGCCGGCCUUCUCCAACUGGCCAUGGCGCCAGGCUGGCUGCGUCGCGCAUAGAUUGAAGAAGCUGUCCACUGGCAAGAUGGAUGGAUUUGGCUUCGAUCCUGGUGAAACUCAGCGCCCGCCGGCAAGCAUUAGGUAA